UCUGCAACCAAAAAAAAAGACAAAUCUUCUGGCUUCAUUAAUCAUCAAUCCGUCUAAUUGCUGAAUAUAUCCACAAGUAAUACAUAUCAUCCAUCAAUUCUUCAGUACUACUCUCAAUGUCGUCGUUCUGUCGCCAAGUGUUGAUGUCCCUCAUGAUCAUUUGCGCAAGUUUUCAACUCAUAUUGGGUUCUUCCUUCGAGUUUCAAGUCGGGGACCAUAUGGGCUGGUCCGUCCCCCGUUCUAAGGACACCAAGUUCUAUAACGAUUGGGCCUCCGAGAAAAGGUUCAAACUCGGCGACUCCAUUCUGUUCAAGUACAGGAAAGAUUCGGUGAUGGAAGUUGGGGAGGCGGAGUACAAGCAGUGCAACUCGACGCAUCCGAUAUUCUUCUCCAACACCGGCAACACCGUCUUCCAUCUUGACCGGUCCGGCUACUUUUACUUCAUCAGCGGCGCGGCGGGCCAUUGUAGUAAAGGCCAGCGCAUGAUUGUUAAGGUUUUAGGGAAUGAUCCAUUUCAUCCGCCUUCUUCUCAAAAAUCUUCUUCUUCUGCCACAAUAUCAUCAAUAUCCCUUGCUAUCUUCAGCUUUGUGCUUCUGCUCCCCGUUGUUGCCUCCGUCAACUUCUUGUUUCUUUCCCUUUGUAAUAGUUAUAAUCUCUUUUAGUUCAGUUUGGGUUUCUUUGGGGUUGUUUUUUUUUUUUUUUCAAUUAUGUUUUUUUCCAUAAUUCGUUUGAUACAUCGAUAUUGUUCUACUAAGUGUUUCCCGUUUCCUUUUCAUUUUGUGAAAUUAGUAAACUGUAG